GGAGGUUGCUCGGCUGUCGCCCCGCCCCUAGUGGCGCCCCCGUCGCCAGGCCCCUCGCCCGUGGGGCUCGGGCCCCGCUGGCGCGCGGGCUGGUCUCCCUCCGAGCGUCGGGCCGGCGGCCACUCUCGACGGCUCGGUCAACGGGCCCUGGACGCAGGCUGGGCGUCUCGUCGAGUGUGCAUGGAAGCGGGGGAUUCUCGUCGAGGUGCCGACCCACGCCCUCGACGGGGACAUCAUAUGGCACUGCCCUGUUCGAGGUGGAGGGCGUGGGCCUGCCUGGCGCCGCUGGGUUCUACCUGAGGGCCCAGUGCCGUGGGGCGUCGGUGGCUGCGGGGGCCCUGACGCUGGACGCCCACUUCCCGCCCCGCGGCGCGGGCCCGCGCAGGCUCCUCCACCUCUGCUCAGGCGCGGCUGCGAGCUGCGCGGAGGGGCCGCAGCCUGGGCGGAGUGUCCUUGCACCUGGACUGGCUGCGGGUCCGCUCGGCUGCCUCGGCGGUCGAGCCGGCUGCCUCGGCGGUCGAGCCCUGGGCGCGGCCAUCUGUCUUCGGCGGUGGGGGGCGCGACGGUCCUGGCCGUGGAGGCGCUGGCUCGGGCCCUGCGAGCGCUGAUGGCCGUCUCGCGGUGGCGGCGGCCUCCCACCAGCUGGCCUUGGCCGCGGGGCGCUCUGGGCCAAGUGGCGCGACUGCCGCGCGUGGCCUCCGACGACGUCGCAGCCCCUCGGCCGAUAGUGAUGAUGGCGGUGGCGAGGAUGACGUCGAGGGCUCGACGCAUUUUCAAGACGCCCCCUCCCGCGGCAACAGCGCCAGGCUGUUGGCGGAGUCGCGUCCUGGUGCGCUGCGCGACGAGGCGAUCAGGAACAUGGCGCGCAUCAUGGGCCUGCGGGGGGGGGGGGCGGGCGGCAGCGAAACACGCCCCAAGGUGAUGUCGUACCUGGUGGCCGCCAUCUUCGACCACUGCCCCGCCCGCAGUCUGCGAGUCUCCGUGGCCAGGGAGCUGCGGGCGCUCGCGACGUCCGUCGACCUCCUCGAGAGCGGCAGCCUCGCGGAGUUCUCGGGCGUCCUGAUGCAGCGCUUCAAGGCUCUGGGGCUCAGCCUGGGGGGCGUGAGCUGGCAGGCCGCGACAUGGGUGCGCGGGUUGUCUUCGGUUUCACGAGCUCGCCCCGCAACCCUGCCGAUACCCCGUGACGCUUGAAAGUUGGUUCAGCGCACAGGGCCCUCUGAUCGCCGCGCCGCCAGAGGCGGCUUAGGAAGGUUGAGCGAUGCUAGAAUUGGCGCCAAGACGUUGGCGCGAAUCUUACAGCAGCUCGCCAGUUUGCCGAGGACGCCGCCGCCGCCCACAUGCCUUUGCCUGUCGAUUGGGAUGAGAUGGAACUGACCCUUCAAGAGC